CCCAUCAGUUGCUCCCCGGCAGCCGCCACCUUCGCACGCUCAUUUUCUUUACCCGCGUCACUUUUUGGAAAAUUUAAAAAACUAAAAUUCUUAGAUUUUAUUUUCCACUUGUCGAUUUCCAUCACCUGUUCCAUUGGCAUUCCACAAAAGGGGAAAACAGACGAAAAUUUCGAACAAAAUUCCAUCGAAAUGUCGAAUUUCAUCCAGCGGUGAUCUCUCGAUAAAACGGAUAAUAUUUCACCGAAAAAAUUUCAAUUUAAAAAAAGGAAAGAAGAAAAAACAUUCGACACCACCGCCAUCCUGCUGAAAAGUGCUCAACGGUGCGUGGCUUUCGUGUUUGUGUUGUGACAGCGAAUAAUAAAAAAAAACGGUUUCCAUCCAACAGAUCCUGGAAAAAAUAUUUGGGGAGAGCCCAGUUACGUGAUCCGACUUCCAGAGCGACACAUUCUCGACCUCAAUUGAAAAUAAAAAAAAAGUUCUUUGGCCCGGAAGAAGAAAAACAAAACAAAUAAAGAGAAAAAAAAUGAGUUUGAUCGUGCCGGCCGCAACGGCCGCAGCCACAACGGCCACCUUAUGGUUCGUGCCUUUAAUCGUGGCGGCCGUUUCCUUCUACCAGUACGACAAAACAGAUCCGGAAGGACGACCCAAAGACACCAAGGUGAUUUACAAGUAUUACGACUUUAUCGUGAUCGGGGCCGGAUCGGCCGGAGCCGUUGUGGCUAAUCGACUGAGCGAGCAACCCGACUGGAACGUCCUACUCUUGGAAGCCGGCGGCGACGAGACAGAAACGUCAGACGUGCCGGCCUUGGCCGCCUACUUGCAACUCUCCGAACUCGAUUGGCAAUACAAAACCGAACCCCAACCGACGGCCUGUCUCGCCUUCAACGACAAAAGAUGUUCCUGGCCGCGCGGUAAAGUCCUGGGCGGCUCGUCGGUGCUCAACUACAUGUUGUACGUACGUGGUAACCGGCGGGAUUACGACAGCUGGGAGCAGAUGGGAAAUUACGGAUGGGGCUACGACCACGUCCUGCCCUACUUCACCAAGUCGGAGGACAACCGCAAUCCCUACCUGGCCGAAUCGCCCUACCACGGAGUCGGCGGCUACCUUACCGUCCAGGAGGCCCCUUAUAAAACGCCACUGGCCACCGCCUUUGUCGAAGGCGGAGUCGAAUUAGGUUACGAGCAUCGCGAUGGCAACGGAGCCUAUCAAACGGGAUUCAUGAUUUCGCAGGGGACGAUCCGGCGCGGAUCCAGGUGCUCCACCUCCAAGGCUUUUCUGCGUCCGGUGCGGAAGCGCAAGAACCUGCACAUCGCCAUGCACUCGCACGUCAUGCAAAUCAUGAUCGAUCCCGAGACCUACCAGGCCUACGCCGUCAAGUUCCAGCGCAAAGGCAAAAUCUACAUCAUCCAGGCCACCAAGGAAAUUGUCGUGUCGGCCGGAUCCGUCAACACGCCACAGCUGCUCAUGUUAAGUGGAGUCGGGCCGGCCGAGCACUUGCGAGAGCUGGGCAUUCCCGUCAUCGCCGAUUUGCGUGUCGGCGACAACCUGCAGGAUCACAUCGCCGCCGGCGGAAUGGUCUUCACCCUGGAACAGCCCGUCUCGCUGGUCCAGAGCCGCUUCGAGAACCUGCCCAGCAUUUUGCGCUACGCCAUGUUCGAUUCGGGUCCGCUGACGACCCUGGGCGGCGUCGAGGGACUGGCCUGGGUCAACACCAAAUACGCCAAUCACAGCGACGACUGGCCGGAUAUCGAAUUUCAUUUCGUGUCCGGAACGCCGGCCGCUGAUGGAGGAGCUCAAAUUCGACGAGUUCACGGUGUGACGGACUUUGUUUGGGACAAUUAUUUCGCGCCCAUCGCCUACCGAGACACUUGGUCCGUCGUGCCCAUGUUGCUGAGACCCAAAUCGGUCGGAUACAUCCGGCUGGCAUCCGCUGAUCCGUUCGACAAGCCGCUCAUCUACCCCAACUACUUUGUCGACGACCAGGACGUCCGGGUCCUGGUCGAAGGAGUCAAAAUCGGUUUGGCCCUGGGCGAGACGGCCGCCUUCAAGAAGCUGGGCACGAAAUUCUGGGCCCAGCCAUUCCCCGGAUGCGAGCAUUUGCCACUGUGGACGGACGACUACUGGGCCUGUUUCGUCCGCCACUAUUCGUCCACCAUUUACCAUCCGACCGGAACGGCCAAAAUGGGUCCUAUCGGAGACCCGACGGCCGUCGUCGAUCCUGAACUCAGAGUCUACGGUGUUCACAAUUUGCGAGUCGUCGAUUGUUCCAUCAUGCCCAACGUGCCUUCCGGCAACACCAACGCUCCAGCGAUUAUGGUCGGAGAAAAAGGCGCCGAUUUGAUCAAAUCUUUUUGGUUAAAUUACGCAGACAAGAAAAAAUAAAAAUA